AUGCAUUUAAAAACCAAAUAUGUUGAAGAUAUAUGGGAUCACGAUCCCGGUGUUGACCUUGCCGAUAUAUCGCUGCAGCUUGGAGAUAUAGAUGUUAAAAACGAUGACCGUGUUGAUCGUAAAAAAGAGUUGAUUUUGAAGCAGAUAGAUCUAUCAAACGAGAAGGAUGAAAAACCCGUGAUCUCUGAGACAUCGAGUCCCAUCGCUUCGCCAAAGGCCAGGGAUGUAUCCAACAUGAAUACCUUCCCACGGACUAAGAAACACGUGGACGACGAAUUCAUUCUGAACCAUCGGAAACGCCGCUUCUUUCACAAUUAUAGUUUUAACUUCCAGAAGCAUAAACAGCUAAAAGAAAAGAUAGCUUCCGCUGUAGAACGAAAGAACAUCUUUUCCAUUAUUGGUCCGUAUCCGGCUCUUCGCAAAGCGCUAAAGAAGCGGAACUGGUUGGAGAAACAAACCUACAAGUGUGCUCUGGCCCAGGAUCUUUCAAUGCACUCGCUAUUGCACAAGGCUCAGGAAGGUAACGAGUUCGAAGAGGCGCUGAUCUCGCGAAUACUCAGACCUCACAAUGCGGACUUCAUCUGGCAAAAUCGGCACAUGAAAGAGUCGAAAAAGGAUCGUUUCUACACGCCCUACCGGAGUAGAAUCUACUACGAGCGAACGUCCGACUUCACCAUGAAGGAAGGUCUCGUGAAAGUCAUUGAAGCAAUGCAGUGGCAUCAAGAAGAUGGCAUGGCGGAGCUGGAUUGUCCCCGUACUCACCUGCUCGAUUCGGAAGAUGCCAUUACGAUGUUUCUCGAAGACUUCCAGCUGACCGCUUGCACUAGUUUUUUGUACUAUUUGUCCAGAUAUCUUGACUCGCUGUUUGACGAGGAAGGCACUGUUCCGGUAGAAAUAAUACACACGACGAUGAAGUUUUGCAAAUACCACUUGGCGUGCGCUCGCCAUGAGGACGUUGACUAUCAGGAAUACUGCGAACCGCUGUUGACUACGGAAGACAAGGCGACCAUUGUGGACAUACUGAUUGAGCACGCUAGAUUUAAAAUGCUCCCCGGGUAUGAAAUUCUAUCGUUAGUGGCGCAGGUGAAAAAGUUGGUACUAGAAGCAGCUAAACACUUUCCGGAUAUGAAAAUCGACGGGAUACGAAACAUUUGGAUUCUGAAGCCCGGAAACAGGUGCCGAGGGCUGGGCAUUAUGAUCUUCAACGAUGAUCGGAAGCUGUUGGAUUACGUCGAUAGCAAUCCGGACGUUAAAUACGUGGCGCAGAAGUAUAUCGAAAAACCACUUCUGAUCUACAACACAAAAUUCGACAUCCGUCAGUAUUUCCUCAUAACGUUUACCAGCAAUCAGCUAAAAGUAUGGAUGUAUCGCGAGUGCUAUCUGCGCUUUAGUUCUCGAGAGUUCAAUUUGGACGACUUCAACGAAUCCAUCCAUCUGACAAACUACUCCAUCCAGAAGCACUACACUGGCACUGGCCAAAGGCAGAGUAGCCUUCUUCCCGCUUGCAACAUGUGGUCCAGCAAACAAUUUCAACAGUAUUUGCAGUCAUUGGAUAAAGGAUAUUACUGGGAGCGAAAAAUAUAUCCCGAUAUGAAGAAGAAUCUUCUGUCGGUAGUGUGUGCCAGCCUGGACGGUAUGAAAAUGGAGCGGAAUAUGUUUGAAUUGUACGGCGCCGAUUUUAUGGUGACGGAAAAUUUCCGAACCAUGCUUAUCGAAAUCAACUCCAGCCCGGAUCUAUCGUCGUCGACUGAAGUUACGGAAAUUAUUUGCCCAGCAGUAUUGGAAGAUUUGGUUAAAGUUGUUAUUGAUAACACCAAUGAUAAACGAGCCGGAACUGGUCAGUUUGAGUGCAUAUACUCGAUUGAGAUCCCACGAUUGGCACCGUAUGGCUAUGGAAUGUUGCUUGAGGGUAAGUGUUUAGGACCCAAAAAUCGGUGCAAAAGUCCACAGCCUCCGACUGGACCGCCAACAUGUGCGUUGAACAGAACCCGUUGCAAACCAAUCAGCAAUUCCGCGCAGUCCAACACAUCCAGCAGCAGCAGUAGUAGCAGUAGCAACAGCAGCAGUGGUGGUAGCAAGAGCUCAAGUGCGGGGAAUUCCGUCGAACGGCCACGACUAAAUAGAUAAUGUGAAAAUUGA